AUGAGGAGAUAUGGUGAGACCAUUUUGCAUCUUUGUGUAAAAGACCACCAGCUGGAUGCUUUGAAGUUCUUGCUGGAAAGGAUAAAUGAUGAUGAUUUUGUGAAUUUGAAAGACGGUAAUGACAUCACUGCCUUGCAACUAGAAACAAAGGUUGAUGAGCAGCAUGAAAGGAACUGCUACACUGCACUGGAUAUUUUAAAUAUGACAGAGGAACAGAGUGAGGAUUUCCCUGAACAUACAAAUGAUAUUACCUCAGUAGAAUUGGAUUCUCAACAUGCAAAAGCGAACAUUACAUAUUUACGUCAUCAAGUGAGAAGACAAAAAAAACAUCCCAGCAGGAAGAAAAGCUGGUUGGAACAAAAGCAGAGCGCACUAAUGGUGGUGGCAUCACUAAUAGCGACCAUGGCUUUCCAAGCUGCAAUUGGAGUUUGGCAAGAGGACUUACAAAUGUCAACACCAGAGUCAGUGUCACAUAGCGCAGGCCACUCUAUAAUGGCUGAUAAGUGCCCAAGACGAUAUACUCUCUUUGUCAUCUAUAAUACAACAAGUUUUCUAUCAUCCAUCAGUGUGAUCUUGUUACUAAUAAGUGGUUUACCUUUUGGGCCGAAGUUUUUCAUGUGGAUUCUGAUGGUAAUCGUGUGGAUCGCUAUUACAUCUUCAUUUCUGUAG